CCUCGUGCUAGCCAGCCAAGUGGCUGUUUGCUCUUGCCUGCCCACCCAUGCAACACGCCUGUGCUGUGCUGUGCUGUGCUUUGCUGUGCUGCCGCUAGCUAGUAACACCCCCCGGUCGGUCCUGCCUGCCUGCCUGCUGGCUGGCUGCCGCUGCUUGCCUGCCCGCUCGCCCUUCCGCCCACCCAUCCACGACUUCCUCAACUCCAAGCUGCUCCUCCGCUUCACAUACACCCACCCGUCCUCACCAAACGACACUCCCCCCACCCCCUCCCACGCCUUCACACGCCCUCACGCCCGGCCCUCCUCUCUCCCCCCGACUCCAUCCAUCACGGCCACGCCUUCAUCGCUCUCCAUCGCACCCGCCCGCACCUUCGACCAGCGCCAGCCCGUACGUACGUACCCACAUUAUUGUUGCUCUCUCACCUCCUCUGCCCUACAUACUUUGGGACGCCGUUCUUUGGUACGGUGCGCCUUUGUAACCGAUCCCAUCAUCUUUCGCCCGCCAUUUUCAUACCAUACCACACGCCCCCCGCUAACUGUCCUGUCUGUCUGCUCAACAGUCCUUCGGCCUCCCCUUCGUUUCCCACCACUCUUUGCAUUCGCUCGCUCGCCCUGCGCCCUACCGCCUUCACCAGUUCCACAUUGCCACUACCAUUAUCACGGGACCCCGCUGGGACGUACCACUCCGUUUGUGUCCUACAUCUUCGACCUCUCCUAUUCAUCACCAAACAUACCACACCAUUCAUCCUCCGUCUCGCAGGCCAUCUGUCUGGCGCACGGGCCGGGAUCGUCUUUUUCUCCGCUCAUCUCCCGCUCCAACCCAUCGCUGCACCCGCUCACCACCCGCUCUCCUUCACACCUGCAUGGUUGCAGUCCGACUUAGUCGUCGCGGACCCUGCCGCUCUUUCGACCUCUCGGACCUCCCCGCACCAUGAACACCAACUUCCCCAACAUGAUGGCCCCCGCCAACCAACGAGGGCCCAAUAUACAGCAAGUCAUGAUGCGCCACUAUACCCAGCAGCAGGCCAACGCCGCGCCCGGGUGGCAGCAGACAGUCGCUCCCGAGGAACGCACACGGAAUGCCCACCAACUAUUCACAUCAUUUCGUCUCCUCAAGCCCGAACAGACUGACCCGCAAGUCCUGCAGGGUGCCAUGUCAAUUGAUGGACAGGCCUUUACCCAGGCUACGAGUAAAGAACAGUAUAUGAUGAACGUCAGAGCCAAGUUGUCACAGAUGCAAAAUAUGCGCCAGGCGCACAUGGCUCAGAUGCAGGGAAACAUGGUCAAGCCCAUGAACCAGAUGAAUCCUGGCCAAAUGAAUCCCGGUGCACAGAUGGGCGGCAUGAUGAUGGGCCAAAAUGGCCAGCAGAUGCGUCCAAAUGGUCCUCAGGGCAUGGCUCAAGGUUUUGCCAACGCACAGCUUCAGCGUCCCAUGCAGGUGUCACCCAUUCCCAUGGCCCAGAGUAAUUCCUCCAUGGGAAUGAACGCAGGCAACAACGUAGGUCCUGCUCAGCAACAGAUGAAGCCACAACAGCAAAACACGCCUCAAGGUCAGCAACAGCAACAGCAGCAACAGCAACAAUCCGGCGCCUUCAUCAAUAAGCUCGCGGCAAAGCUCAUGGACAAUGCUCGGGAAGACAUCAAACUGCAAUAUCAACACGAAGUAAACCAGUGGCCCGAAGACAAGAAGCAGCAGCUAAUGAACCGGGGUAUCAACCCAAUCUUCUUCAAAUUCCGACUACAAGCAGAGUCCAUGAUCAAAAGCGGCAAGUUGAGCAGCGCGCAGAUGCAAGCCAUUGCCUCCCAGGGCCAGCCGGGUCAACCUGGUCAGAUGCAGGGGCAAAUGCAAAAUCAGGCGAAUUUGGCGAACCAACAACGUCCGUCCAACCAGGGCUUCGACUUUGACGCCAUCACCAACCAGCAACAAGGCGCGUUGCAAGAUCAGGGCCAGGGACAGGAAGUAGUUCCUGCUAGCAACAAUGCCAUGGGUGCACAAAUGGGAUUUCCAGGGCAGGAUCCGCAGGCCGCAAAGCAACGGCAGGCUCAAGCGCAAACUGCUGCUUUCCAAAACAUGAACUCGUUGCAAGGCAUGACUCCACUGCAGCGCCAGCAAGCUCAAGCUCAGGCUCAGGCCCAAGUUCAGGCACGUGCGCAAUUGCAGCAGGUGCAGCAGCAGCAAGCCCAGCAACAACAGGCUCAGCAGCAGCGCAACUCGAACCAGAUGCUUCAAGGUCAAGUCGGCGGUCUCAACCUUCCGCCUGGUGCACAGCAAAGUCCUGCUAUGCCGAUGCUUAACCGACCCAUGGCACCUCCGGGCCAGCCAGGUCCUUCAACACCGCAGCAGCGCCAACAACCCCAGAUACAACAAAUGCAGUCUCAAGGCGGUCUCUCAGAACCUCACUUGACACAGCUGAUGCACGAAGCUCAACAACGAAUAAACGCAGUAGGCAUGCAAGGUCCGCCUUUGAACGAGGAGACAAGAAUGCGGAUGAUGGGGAACAUGGACCCUGCGAUCAAACAACAGCUUCUGAAGGUGCCCGAUCAAAAUUUUCGCCAGAUUCUCCAAAUGCAGAAUCGGAACUCGGGUGUUAUGCCGAACGGCAUGUUUCCCGGUGGCCAGCUGGGUCAGCAGCCCAACAUGCAAAUGAUGGGUCAGGGGCAAGGCCUCCAUGCCGGUAUGCCCCCAAAUAUGAUGAACGGGGGAGCCAUGCGCCCUGGAGGCAUGAAUAUGGGUCAACAAGCACCUGGCGGCAUGGGUGGGCAACCGAUGCCUAUGGGCCAACGCCCAGGACAGCCACCGCAACCGCAGAAUCGACAAGCUCUGGCUCAAGCAUUACUCCAACAGAAUCCUGGCAUUAUUCAGCACUCGGACAAUAGUCCAUUCCCACCGGGUGUCUUGAACGAGAGCGUUCGUCAGCACGUCCCUGCCAACGUCAAAACAUGGUCGCAGCUCAAGAUGUGGGCUCAGGCCAACGCUUCGAUACAUCCUGGCCUGGAUAACCGUAAGCUUAUACUCCUUCAGGUUCUCAAUUAUCACGAUAUAUUGCGAAUGCAGUCGCAGAUGCAACAGCAACAACAGCAGCAGCAUCAGCAUCAACAGCAGCAACAGCAACAACAGCAGCAGUCGCAGCAACAACAACAACAACAACAACAACAACAACAACAGCAGCAGCAGCAACAGCAACAGCAACAGCAACAGGCGCAGCAACAACAGCAGCAGCAGCAGCAACAGCGGAAUCCAGCGUUUCCUGGCCGUCCUCCCCAGCCAAAUGGCAUGACUGGUGGUAUUGCGCCGCCGGCCCAGAUGACACCUGGAUCUGUACCUGCACGUCCGCAACAACCACAGAAUUUGCCCAACGUCACCCCCCAGGAGAUUCAAACCGUUCGCAUGAAGCUUCCGCCCCAGUCGGCCAAUGCCACAGAUGAGCAACUCCGCAACUUCAUCAUAACACAGAAGAUCAACCAAAGAAAGCAGCAACUAGCGCAGCAGCAAGUAGCCAUGAACAUGCAAGCCCAGCAGCGAGGGCAAACACAACAGCCUCCCAUGAAUAUGCCAGGUCAAGUGCCGCCCCAAGCAUCUCGCCCGCCAACAGGGCAGCAGCCUACGCCGGCACAGCCCACGCCUCAAACUAGACCGCAACAGCCUCCUCAGACUACUCAGCCGAAUCCUCCAAUCACUCUGAACAAGGGUAUCAAGAGGUCAAACGACGAUAUCAACGAUACGGCAACUGUUGAUGGCCCUCCUGCGCACAUGGCCCCUCAAGCGCCCGCUAUGGUUCCCUCUAAAUCACAGCAGGCGACACAUCAUAGUCAAGAGCAGCUCUCCAAGAUGAACCAGCAGGUCAAGGCCAAUCUGAUGAAGGCCCAGGAUGCCUCGAACAACAAGUCCCAACAACCCCAGCAAUCGAGGAAUCUGGGCUCCACCGAGGAAAUCACCAACAAGAUGAAAGACCCAGCACAGGAGGCCAAAUUUAAGUCUAUGCUCAUGGAAGAGGAUCAGAAGGUUCCACGUCGCCAGCCAAUCCUGUGCUCUCCCCAAACGAGGGACGCCAUACAGCAACACGUCAAAGAAAAGUUCAAUUCCAUGCGGAAAGUGGAACAGGCACUGCGGGUUUUCCUCGUUUCUAGUCAUGGUCCCGAGGCCGACAAAAUCGCUAGGACGAUUAUGAAAGCACGCUGCUCUCUAUUGAGACAAAUGAACCCACAGGACGGAACCCUCCGCGACGACAUCUCAUUGACGGAGGACGAGUUCAAAGAGCACAUCAAGAACAUCAUCUCUUUUGUGCAAAGGGUCAUGUCCCGGUUUCACCCACAAGCACAGCAACACCGCGAUCCCACUGUUCAACCUGUCCCACUCAAUGCCGCCAAUCUUAAGAUCGUCCAAGAGCAACAGAAACGGCAACCGAAGGCUCCUCCUGCACCAACUGCUACGCAGCCGCCGUUCCAGAUUGGUACAAAUUCUGCACAAAUCGGCGUUCCCACUUACGGCACAGGCGCCAAACCCCUCCAGAACUUGUCUAUCCCGCAGCAGAAAAAGCGGAAGCUCGAUUCGAACACCCAAUCCUCAACCCCCGGGGCAAAGGCGUCACCACGUCUGGGUGGUGGCAAAGGUGCUUCGCCUGAACUCAAGAGGCAGCAGCCGCCUCCGACUCCAAAACUCACGUUCAGGUGCAAAGACGCCGAUUGCGAAUAUGCGAUUAGUGGAUUCGAUAGCCAGGUGGAGUUGGACGCGCAUGUGGGACAGGCGCACGCCAAAAUCGAAGACCCUUUCAAGUUUGCCUUGGAUUCAAUGGCAGACCUCUUGGAUGUGGAUCCCAAAACGGGUCAGCCUAAGCAUGACAAUACUCAAGCGGCUGCCAAACCUAUUCCAGCACCCCGCGCGCCGCCGCCCCAGCCCACCAAGACAGGUCAGACCCCAAGGAUGCCACCUGCUGCGGCUACACCCGCUGCGCAGCAAGCAGCAGCCACGCCCAUGGCGCGUGUUCCGACACAAACUGGGAUCAAGAGCUCGCCUUCGACAAACCUACUCAAGACACCGCAGACAAGCGCAAAAGUUGCAACGCCCAGUACCGGCGCACCAGCCAAAGCGACACCAGCAAGCACCACCAAGGCUGCUCCCAAGGACGUUGAGAUUCCUCCGCCACUCGAGCCCGAGCCAGAAAAUCUCCAGCCCCUUAUCCCGACUUCGCUACUUGAUUAUUCGUACGAGGAGGUUUACGCAUCUCUCGACGCGAAUGCUCCUUUUACUACGCUCGAUCUCAACGAUGAGUCCAACUCGUGGGCCUUGCGAUCACGUCCGAGCUCUCCACUCAACACCCCCGACUCGUCUUCCAAGGACACGCCUUCGACGCGGCAAUCCGACAUUUCCGAGAACGACAAUCUGCAAAUCAACAUCGAGAUGAAAGAUGCAGACUUUCCUGAUGGCUGGUUACUCAACGGUGAUGGACUCCCGCUUGAUGCGCAGCUCUCUGAGGAUCUGCAGAACCUGGGCGUUGCACUCCCGCCGAUGGACAGCAACGACAUGAUGCUGUUCUAUGGGGAUUCCGGCACGCUGGAUCUUGAUGCGUUCGACAAGUCUAUGUUUCUCAUGGAUGAAAGCAUGGACCUUUCCGCUCUAGGCACGACAUAG